AGUAAUCAUGCCGCCACCCGGACAUUCUGACUGACAUGGCUCCUAUAUAAGUAACUUCAGAGGAUGGAAAACCAUCCGGAAUCCCCUAGCGGCUGGUCUUAGUCUAAACGGAAAAAAACCUCCUUCUUUUGCUGGCAAGGAGAAGAGGAAGAAGUAUUACCUCCUGUUAAAUCACAUACAAACGCCACGGUAUACCAUUCUCAAGUCCUCCCCACUAUCAUCCACCUCCUAUAUACUCACUUUGAAUCCGACAAUUUCUCCUUCUUGAGUCCAACCAACAAGACCACUGUCAGAUUCCACCCCUCGACUGUACACAUAUCCAAAUGUUCAAUUCACUUAAGCUGCAGCAUUCAUCCUUUAUAUCUAUGCUCCUUGUCAUGCUCUUCAGCGUCGUCGUAGUGGCAAUCCCGUUGUCUCACGGCAAGGGAUCCGCAUCCACAACAACUUCACAUUGUAAACGUAACGAUGACCUUCCGUCUGGCGAAAACGUCGACGUCUUUCUCUUGGGUCCAAGACUAAGUGUAGCUCACACAGUCCCCGAGGAAUCCUGGAUCUAUUUCGGAAGCUUUCUGUGUCACACUGGUUUGGGGCUUCGGAUGGAACGCGAUGAAAAUGGCAAGCAUGUCAUAAAGGAUUAUUACCGGGAACCCUAUGAGACAAUAACACUAGUGGGAAGAGUGCAUUUCCCCAGUGAUCCAGAUAUAAUGGAUACCGUCGGUCGUGUCGAUGACAUUCCUUCUAUGAUGGCAAAAAAACAAAUUCCGUUGACUAAUCGAAACUUUAUUUCAUUCUUUCUGGAGAUGUUGGAGGAAAGGAAGUUUUACACGGCAAAACAUGACCUGCUGUUUGAUUAGACUUGGAGCUGGGGAGUGUAGAUUUAAUGAAAAUGCUUCCUAUUUCUGGGAUACAAUAUAUAUAUAUAUAUAUGAGCC